AUGUCCAUGAUCCCGAAGCACUUUGGACUGAAACCCAGAGAAGAAUCGUACAUAUUUAAAGAGCUUGAGAAGCUUCGCCAGGAUACUAAGAAGGAUUUUCUCAGACUCAAGCACAAGUUAGCCUCCAGGCCGCUCUUAGAGGAAGCACCCAUUCGCCUCCUUCAGGCCCCGGACUCAGUCCACCUUGCAGGCCAGAAGUCGGUUUCCCCUGCUGGAGUCGGGGUGCUACCAGCGCCCCCUUUGGUCAGAGGACCCGAGGCCCAUGAGCAGGAGAGGCUCCCAAGUGCCGCGCGCCCCCGGGGCCUGGGCGAGGCGGCCGCGCGGCCGAAGGCCCGGGUAUUCCGCCCCCACGAGUUCUACUUGCGGAGCUCCGCGUUCCGCCGCUACCCCUUCCAGAAGAAGCCGCCGCUCAUCGCCUCCGGGGUGGGCACCUCGAAACCUGUGGUCCUGCUGCCGCCGCCCGCACCGCUCGUCAGGCCCAGGGCGCGCCCGGUGCCCUUGACCCCGCGCCCCGCGGCGUCCAAGCAGGCCACAGACUCGGCCCGGGCGUACGAAGUUCUCCAGGAGCGGGCUCCAUCCGCUGACACGCGCAGGGCCAACGCCAGGAAGACCAGCUCCCUUUCCAGCGAGGACAGCGACGUGGCCCCGAGCAGGUGGAGGCACGUGAGGAUCACCACCCACUACCUGAGCCAGCUUUCCCGCGGCGAGGCCGGGGAGGCGGCCGGGCUCAGGGCCCAGCGCACCAGCCGCCAGGCCAGCGACGGUUUGGAGGCCUCCUGGCUGACCCUGCCGCCCCGGCGACCGACCCCCACGUCCUUCAAGGAGAUCUUCACCUCGCUGUACUCGGAGACCCAGCUAGCCUCUGACCAGACCAUCAAAGAGCUCAUCCAGAGCAUCCUGGGCCCGAGCUACGACUUCAGAGUGGAAGAUAUGACUUUAACAGGAAAAAUGCAUCUCAAAGCAUCUCAGACACAAGCAGAAACACUUCAUCCGCAAGCAGAGCAAGGAUUAGAGAGAGUUGUUGAGGUACCUAAAAUGAGUGUGGUUGAGGAGCUUCCCGAAGCAGCAUCCAGUGUUCUCCAGAUGGAGCAGGACGAUGUGUCGGAAUGGGGAGACUCAGAGAUAGAAAGUAUGACAUUUAAAUCUCCGGAAAUUUCAGAAGUCCAGGUAGUGGAGAAGACAAGUAAACCCCUGGAAGAUGUACAGCUCACCAGAGAUUCAAAAGCAGGCAAACAGCUGCUCUUAAAGGAGAAACCAUCAAAAUUAUUGCACAUCACAGGAAAAGGUGUUAAGCGAGUACGAAAAAGUAAUUUAAGAAUUCCACCACUGAGAUCAGGAAAGUCUUCAAAAUUCCUUCGGGCUCAAAAACUACCUAAAAAAAUCCCGCCGCGUUACCCUACACACCACUUUCAUGAUCUGUGCAGCACCGUCCCAGCCCAGGAGCUGCCUGUUGACCUGAGCCUGGCUUCUCGGCUGUAUCACACCACCAACAAGAAAGGCCACGACGUGCUACGCCAAGCGUUUGGAUUUCCCUUCUUAGAUGAUCGCUUUACAGAGGAAGAACAAAGAGCCAGAAUACUAUAUGGAAUUCCUGUGAUCAGUGAAAACCAAGAAUAUGUCAGUGUCCCUCCGUCACCAUCAGGGAAUCUGUUUGAAUCACCACAGCGUGUUGAGACACCUUACAUGCAAGUCUUGGGAGAAGAAAUGCCUGCUUACCCAGGACUUUCCAAGUUGUUGUGGAGUCCGGCUGCACCUAAAUUUUCUGUUCCAGAAUCUGUCAUGAAGAAAAUCCUAUAUCCAAAAUAUGAGAGUGUUCAAACAAGUCUUAUUUUAUCUGAGAGAUUUUCAUGGGAAAAUGAAGAAAAUAUUAUUAUAGAUCGUAGCAAAAGCAUUUGUAGGAGAGUAAAAUCUGCCUUUGAACUGAGGAAGGAGGAGACAACAGUUCCAUUAGAAGUCAAAGAUGACAUGCAAAGCAAUAUGAAAGAGGUGAUGUUCCAGAAAGCCAAAGAAUGGGAGUUUCUGCUCGCUAAGCAAGAGAAAGCCAAGGCAUCCCAGCCAGAGAAAGAAAACAUAGAUGUCAUCUUGGACAGCAUUCAGGAGAAAGAGACAUUGAGAGAUCUGUCCUUCUCGCUCAUUGAAGCAUCCAGAAAAGCUGGCAUCACUUAUAUUGUGUAUCCCAAGAAAAUGAAGAUGAAGUUGAAGAGAAGACUGAGACCUGAGAAACUCACACGCAUAUAUGAGGAGCUAUCCAAGCCUCCGAAAAUGCUACACAGGUCAACAUCACAUGGAAUACUUCCUGGACAGAAGAAAUAUUUUAUCAGGUUGCCAUUCUAUGAACGUCCAAUACGUAGUCCCAGCUUGCCUCCCUAUUUAAAUUUUGACAAGUUUGUUGAAAGCAAAGGAGGAAUUCCAGAAAACAGUAAUCCUCGGACAUGGGUGUUGGAUACGCUCAUUAAGUAUAAACUGAAGAAACAAUCCCCAGAAGUUGCUGAAGUAUCUGUGCUUGAAGACCUACCCAAACCAGUGACAGAGUUAAAAAUCCUGGAAUUGAGCGAUUAUUUGAAGUGCGAUCUUCCACCAGAAGUUAUUGAACGCUACGAAUCUGAAGUGAAAAUCUUGACUAAAGAAAUAAAUAGAAAGAAUGCAUUUCCUGUAUUUGAGUAUUGUAGGCGUGGAGCUAUUUACAGAAAACUGGGAAAGUUAAAGAGUGCUAUGAAUGAUCUACAGAAAGUUAUAAAUGCAGAACCAUUGUUUCUCAAUGCCUACUGGCACCGGCAUUUCAUUUAUCUUUUCCAAGACAAAAUCACUGAAGCAUUGGAUGAUUUGAAUUUUAUAUCCAAACAUAAUAAAAAUAAUGCAGAAGUGUAUCUGUCAAAAGCAGAAAUUUUCAGAAGACAAAAUGAUACGAUUUUUGCAAUUCUAAACUAUAGCCAGGCGAUUAAGUGCAGGCCGACAGAUGCUGACUUAUAUUUCAGGAGGGGUGAGAUGCAUGAAAAGCAAAACAGAGCUCUGGCCAUUGAUGACUUUUCUAAAUGUAUCUUUUACGAUCCCAAAAGAGCAGAUGCAUUAUUUAAGCGUGGGAUGUUUUAUUAUGAAAAUGAAAACUGGAUUCUAGCCAUACAGGAUUUUACAGCCUUGUUAAAUAUAGAUCACCAAAAUUCCCAAGUAAGGACAUACCGAGGGAGAGCAUAUUUUAAACAACGCUUUUACAAGCAAGCAACACAAGACCUUUCUGCUGCGGUUCACUUAGAUCCUAAUAACUGGUUAGCGUUGUAUUACCGAGCUUGCUUAUUUAGAAGGAGUAACCCAUUUCGAGCACUGCAGGAUUACAGUGUCUCAGCUCUUAUUAAUGAUGGCUAUGAGAAUCUUAGCUGUUUUCUACAUCGGGGCAUAAUCUAUGCAAAUCUAAAACUAUGGAUGCUGGCCAUUUGUGACUUUGAAACUGCGAUUUCUCUGGAGCGAGCUAUUGUUUUGCCUUACAUAAAUAUUGGCCUCAUACAUUUGUUACACCUAGAUAACUAUACCGAAGCCAUUGGGCAGUUUUCUGAGGCCAUUCGAAUCGACCCUUUGUAUAUUCAAAGCUAUAGUUGCCGAGCAGAAGCCUUUCAUAAGGUGAAUAAGUUGAAAAAGGCAGUAAGUGAUUUAUCCCGUGCUAUACACCUUCAGCCAGAUGGAAUCCAAUUAUAUAUAAUAAGAGGACAAUAUCUUCUUAUGAUGAAAAACUAUGAACUUGCAAAGUUCACUAUUUAUCAAGUAGCAGAAAUGAACAGAGGUCUCAUUGACUUGACUCCCAUUCAACAAGCACUCAUCUAUUCAUUUUGUGAAAACCAUCAGAAGGCCAUUCAGGUCUUAGAAGGACUCACGUGGCAUAGACCUGACAUAGUCCUGUUUGCUGUAAUAGCAAAAGCGCAUAUGAAGGCAAAAAGAACCAAGGAAGCCGUGAGAAGGUUUAAGGAGGCGGUGGAUGCUUUUGCUCUUUCUGACCGAGGACCUAAUGCCAUGGGUGUUUUAGCAGACUGUCUGCAUAACCUGGGCCUCUGUUACACAGAGGAAGGCAACUUCCAAACGGCAUUUGAAUAUUUUACAAAGGCUGUGAAAGUAAAUCCUGAUUUUGCAGAAAGCUUUUACCAACGAGGGCUUUGUAAAGCAAAACUCCACAAGGAUAACUCAAUUCUGGAUUUUAAUCGUGCAAUUACUCUCAACCCCAAACAUUACCAGGCAUAUUUAAGCCGAGUAGCCUACUAUGGUUUAAAAGGUAGAUAUUCCAAAGCAAUCUUGAAUUGUAAUGAGGCCAUCAAAAUUUGUCCCAAAAAUGUACGUGCCUAUCUCUACAGAGGAGUUUUGAAAUACUACAAUAAGACUUAUAAGCUAGCAAUUAGAGAUUUAACUACAGUUAUCAACAUGGACAAAAAAAAUUAUAUAUCAUUUUACAACAGAGCGAUAUGCUACACGAAGAUAGGAGAACUUCAAAUGGCAUUGACAGAUUAUGGUGUCGUCCUCCUCCUCGAUCCUGGAGAAACUAUAACAUUAAAUACCUUCAUUAAUCGUGGAUGUAUCUAUGUGGAACUAGGGCAGCACUGCUUUGCAGUAGAGGAUUUUAAACAGGCUGCACUGAUGAGCCAGACUGAUGUGUAUCUUCGUCAAGCUGCUGCUGUGUGCCACCACAGAAUCGAAGAGUUUGAAGAAGCUGUCAAUUUCUUUACUGAGGCUCUCAAAAUUAACCCACAUUUCCUGGAUGCUUACAUUGGACGGGGCAAUUCUUACAUGGAGUAUGAUCAGGAAGAACACACCAAGCAAGCUCAGAAGGACUUUGUGACAGUGUUACAUUUCAACCCAGCGUACACAAAAGCCAGAAUUAGCUUAGGCUAUAAUUUACAGGCCCAAGGAAAAUUCCAGAAAGCUUGGAACCAUUUUACCAUUGCUCUAGAAGCCGAUCCAAAGAGCUACCUAGCAUAUGAAGGAAGAGCUGUGGUCUGUCUUCAGAUGGGUAAUAAUUUUGCUGCAAUGCAAGAUAUUAAUAUAGCUAUCAAGAUCAAUACCACAGCAGAGUACUUAACAAACCGUGGCGUGAUUCAUGAGUCGAUGGGUCAACAACAGAAUGCAAUGAGGGACUAUCAAACAGCCAUUUCUCUGAACCCCGAGUACUCGCUGGCUUAUUUUAAUGCAGGAAAUAUCUACUUCCACCACAGGCAGUUUUCCCAGGCCAGAGACUACUUCUCAAAGGCUUUAAAAUUUGAUCCGGAAAACGAAUAUGCUCGCAUGAAUCGAGCUGUUGCUCAUACAUUAUUAAAGAACUACGAAGGAGCAAAAGAAGAUUUUGCAUGUGUAAUUGACAGCUGUCCUUCAUGGGCUGCAAUAUAUUUCAAUAGAGCACAUUUAUACUGCUGUUUAAAGCAAUAUGAACUUGCAGAGGUGGAUCUUAAUAAAGCCCUAUCUUUGAAGCCUAAUGAUGCUCUCAUAUAUAAUCUUAGAGCAGAAGUUCGUGGUAAAAUCGGUCUGAUUGAGGAAGCUGUGGCUGAUUAUAACCUUGCACUUGAUCUGGAAGAAGGUGCCUCAGUCAAAUGAUCGCAUAGACCAUGGUUUCUGCAGUAACGUACACAACUGCUAUUCUUGAAAAUGGGAUGUGUUUUUUGUUUUAAAGUUUGCAGCAUCUUCAUUAUUAUACUGAUUAUCUUGAUCAUCUAUGUUUUAAGACAUUUAAAUAAAAUGUUAUAGGU